AUGUUCGGAAUCCGUCCUAUGGUUGGUCUUCGUUUGGCAGCUCCUACGAGAAGCUUUGCCUCUACUAGCGCACGCCUUAAUAGCUCGAGCCUUACUUGGAACGAGUUCUUUGCUAUGCGAUCCCGCCGACGACGUCUUGGCCAGAUCUGCUCGGUGGGGACCACUUUUGCUGGCGUUGGCAUCGCCUGGACUUACUUUGCAAAUAUUGAAAUUGAUAUGACAGAGAAGCUGUUUGGUGUGGACGCAAUUUUUGUCUACGGCGCCUGUAUUGUGUUUGCUGGUGUUUUGGGAUACCUUGCUGGCCCCGGUGUAGGUAACUUUAUGUUCCGCCAAUCUUUGGGCAAGCGUGCGGCGGAUUUCGCCGUAAAGGACACUACGUUUUUGCAGCACAUCAAACGUAACCGCCCCGACCCCGCUAAGCAGAGCUACACCAACCCAAUUACCGACUACUACGGUGAGAAAAUCGACUCCCUCUCCGGUUACCGCCGUUGGCUACGCGAUGCCCAUAUUUACAAACUUAAGAGCGAAAAGUAUCUUUAA